GCCAAACUCACAGAGUCCCUCUGGAGUGAGAGAUCAUGGGCCGGCUGGAUGAUGCCGCCAAGCACAAAGUAGUGGAGCUGCGGAAGGCUGGUCUGAGUUUCCGUAAGAUCAAAGCUGUGCUGGAGCUGGAGAACAUCAAGGUGUCUGCCCAGGCCAUCUACCUGUUCCUGAGGGAGUUUCAAGGGAGGCCGCCAGGGAGGGUUAGACCUGUGGAGGCUGGAAGCAGCACAUCAUCAGCACAAGUGCAGCCUCGAUCUGGCCCAAUACAAGAGAACUGGAGUAACAUUCAUCUCCAAAACCUUAUGCGGGAGGCAUCUCACCAUCCUGGCUUUACAGCACCUGCAAACUUUGCCAAACAGACUUCCACAAAUCCGGAUACUGGUGCAAAGCCUUCUGGAUCUGGGGAGAUCUGUGGAGGUACCAGGCUAGAACAGCAACAUGAGGGAGAUAAGGAAGAAAAUGACAUCCAGAUUGUUAGUGUCACCUCCCUUGCACAGAACAGCCAACGAAGAAGUCCCCAGUCCUCUGUAACAAGGGCAGAGACAGGUGCUGUGUCUUCCACAAUAACAGCUUCUGGAGCAUACAUGAGGAGGAGGGUCACACCGUCUCCAGCCACUAAUUCAAUGCUGGCAGCUCGAAAGAGACUUUUGGAUAAAGCGCUGUCACACAGGAUGAAGUCAUUCCACCAGGUGGCAUCAUUGUUGAGGAGAGAUCACUUGAGUGUCCAAGGUGCUGAUUUGAGAAAUGCAAUGCCACAACCACCUGAAACGUAUGAUCUGACCACUGAAAAGGUGAGAAAAGAGCAAACAUUAAAUGCUAUAAGUUAUCUCUUUUAUUUUGGUGAAUAAUCUUAAAGUGUGUGCCAGCCCAUACUGUCACUUCUUGUGACCGGGUCACAGUACCUGUAUAAU